AUGUAUAAAGGGACAAAGCUAGGUGAAGUAAGCUCAUAUCUCACUCUUGGAAAUGAACAGAAUGAUAAGUCACUCACUUUGCUGUCUCUCUGUUUUACUUUUUUGCAUCACGCUUAUGCAAGUUACCACUUUGUCAGUUCCAAAUUGGCUCAACAGGAGAUAGAUCGUGUUUCUUUGCAGGCCUUCAAGUCAAAGAUUAUUCAUGAUCCUCAAGGGGUUCUAAACUCAUGGAAUGAUUCUCGCCACUUCUGCGAGUGGUCGGGGAUUACGUGUGGUCGCAGGCAUAAAAGAGUCACCGUCCUAAGCCUACGUUCUAGAGGUUUCUUCGGCUCCUUGUCACCAUACAUUGGCAACCUCAGCUUCCUACGAAAAUUCGAACUCGCAAACAAUAGUAUCCAAGGUGAAAUCCCUCCUGAAGUUGGCCGUUUGUUCAGGUUAGAAGAUUUACAACUUCAAAAUAACUCCUUGCUGGGAGAAAUUCCAGCCAACUUGUCCCAUUGUUCCAGGCUCAAAUUCUUAUUUUUAGGAUAUAACAAGCUAGUUGGGAAAAUUCCACCGGAGUUUGUCUCCUUGUUCUACCUCAAAUUCAUACAUCUGCACUAUAACAGUUUGACAGGAGGCAUCCCACCAUUUCUUGGGAAUCUUACCUCCUUGGAAUGGCUAUCUAUGGCAUAUAAUCCUUUUGGAGGAAAAAUUCCAGAUGCAUUGGGUCAACUGAAAAAUUUAACAUCUCUUGGACUUGCUGGAAACAACCUAUUUGGUGUAGUCCCUCCUUCUAUAUACAAUCUCUCCUUCCUUGUUAAUUUUUCUUUGUCUCAGAAUCAACUUGAGGGAAGUCUUCCACCAAACGUAGGCCUUACUCUUCCUCGUCUCCAAUUUUUUCAAAUAUCAGUUAACUCAUUUGGUGGAUCUAUUCCAGUAUCUUUAUCCAACGCUUCAAAACUCCAACGUCUUCUGAUAGAUUUUAAUGAAUUUUCAGGAAAAUUUAGUGUUGAUUUUGGAGGCAUCCAAAAUCUUGAAACAUUUUCUGUGGAGGCUAAUAAUUUAGGAAGUGGGGAAGCUGAUGAGAUGAGUUUUAUCAAUUCUUUGGCGAACUGCAGCAAUUUGAGGGUGGUCGCCAUAGGUGCAAACCAAUUCAGAGGACCCUUGCCCCAUUCAAUAGCUAACCUUUCUAGUACUAAACUAGAACGUCUAUUUGUUGGUCGGAAUAAUUUGUAUGGAACAAUCCCGUCAGGGAUAGGCUGUCUUCUUAACUUAAAUUGGUUGAGUAUGUUUAAUAACAAAUUUUCAGGCACAAUUCCCGAAGAAUUAGGUAAGCUCCAAAACCUUCAAUAUUUAGAUCUGUCUAGCAACAAACUCUUCGGCGAAAUUCCUUCUUCUUUGGGGCACCUGCCCAAUCAAACAAGAAGAGGAAAAACAACCUUCCGAUUCUGGAUCCAGGUUGAUAAAAGCACUUUGAAUGUAUCAUAUGAUAGGCUACUCAAAGCGACCGAUGGGUUUCUUCAACACUUGAUUGGUGCAGGAAGUUUCGGCUCUGUGUUUAGGGGCAAUGACUUUAAAGCUAUUGUUUACGAGUACAUGCCAAAUGGAAGUCUUGACAACUCAUGUUGGGGAUUUCGGUCUAGCAAGUUUCUCCCAGAAGUCUCAUCCAAACCAAAGCAGCUCUGUUGGCGUAAGAGGAACAUAGGCUAUGCAGCCCCAGAGUAUGGUCUUGGAAGUGAGGUGUCGACAGAUGGGGAUGUCUACAGUUAUGGGAUCUUGUUGUUAGAGAUGGUAACAAGGAAAAGGCCCACAGACCUUAUGUUUGAGGGAGGCCUCAAUCUUCACAAUUUUGCUAAAAUGGCCUUGCCUGACCGGGUGAUGGACAUUGUCGAUCCAGUACUUCUAAAUGAGGUUGAAGAGGUUAUUGCUACUAAUCGUAUACUGGUACAAGAAAGAAACAUUAAAAGAAAGGAAUGCCUCAUCUCAAUGGUGAGGGUCGGAGUGGCAUGUUCAAUGGAGAUACCACAAGAUCGAAUGAACAUAACUAAUGUUGUUCAUGAAUUACAAGAGGUCAAGAACAUCCUUCUCCGACCUAGAACUGUUCUCAUCAGGCAAGGAGGUCAAUCAGUUUGAGCGAGGUGAAAAGUCAACGCAGUUUC